AUGGGGGACUGGACAUUCCUGGGCAGACUGCUGGAUAAAGUCCAAUCCCAUUCCACUGUGGUUGGGAAGAUUUGGCUGACUGUCCUGUUUGUCUUCAGGAUUCUGGUGCUGGGAGCUGGAGCAGAAAAGGUCUGGGGUGACGAGCAGUCAGAUUUCUUGUGCAACACACAGCAGCCUGGGUGUGAGAAUGUGUGCUACGAUAAGGCCUUCCCAAUCUCCCACAUUCGCUUCUGGGUUCUGCAGAUCAUCUUUGUGUCCACCCCAACCCUAGUGUACCUGGGACACGUCUUGCAUGUUAUCCACAAGGAAGAGAAGCUGAGGCAACGCACGCUGAGAGAAGAACAAGAUGAGUCUGACAACCUGCUAGAGAAGAAAACCAGUAAAUUACCAAAAUAUACAAAUACAAAGGGGAAAGUCAAAAUCAGAGGGAGUUUGCUGAAUAGUUAUCUUGCAAACACUAUUGCUAAGAUAUUGCUUGAAGUGGCUUUCAUUGUGGGCCAGUAUUACCUCUAUGGUUUCAUGCUGGAACCUCUGUUUGUAUGUAACAGCUUUCCCUGCCCACAUCAAGUAGACUGUUUCAUGUCGCGCCCCACAGAGAAAACUAUUUUUAUUUUGUUUAUGCUUCUGGUUGCAGUCGUCUCUUUGGCUCUGAACCUUAUUGAAAUCUUCUAUUUUUGCGGCAAACAGCUUUAUAACUGCACACAGAAAAAGCAGAAGACCUACACGGCUACUGCAGCGUCUCCGUGUGCAGAUGAUGGCAAUUUGAAAAAGAAGGAUGAUGGAUUCCCGAACUGGGUGAACCUGGAGGCUGAACUACAUGGGAAGAAACUUGGGAAUGGUUACACUAAGAGCUCUGAUGCAGAGGAGGAGAGUACUUUGAUUAAAGAACUGGGGUCAGCCCUGCAAAACGAGGGCAGCUCUCCCUGUGUUCAGUCCAGCUCUAAAUCCCUGAUGGAGAGAUACGAGCAUCCUGUGCAGACGCAGGAGUGGGUAGUUGACAAGGCAGGUGAACAAUCCAAUACGACAGGCGAGUCCGUGGUCCAAAGGAAAAGGGUGUUUCAGUAA